CUCCUUCCCGAUUUCUCAUUUAUUUGGCUUUUAACUCUCCGCUCUCUUUGUCUUUGAGAAAGUAAAGGUAAAAAGAAAAGAAAAAAAAAUGGUUACUACCCGGGGAACGCAGGCCAGAGUCACCGCAGUCUCUCACCGCCGGCCACCGACGAAGCCUGAAUCUCCGGUGAAGAAUUUCUUCAAGGUGGUUUUACCCUCAACCAUGAAGAGUAACAUGAUGAGGAUUCCGACAAGAUUUGUAAAGCUACAAGGGUCUAAACUCUCCGAGGUUGUUACAUUAGAGUCUCCUGUGGGAUUCAAGCGUUCGAUAAAGCUUAAACGGAUCGGUGAAGAGAUUUGGUUCCAGGAGGGUUGGAGUGAAUUUGCAGAAGCUCAUUCCAUCAGUGAAGGCCAUUUUCUCAUAUUUAAAUACAAAGGAAACUCGAGUUUCCUUGUAACGAUCUUCGAUGUUUCAGCUUGUGAAAUUGACUAUCCACUGGAUGAAGUUCAUAUCAGUGACAGCGACGAUGAGGUAGUUGACAUUACAGACGCUGAGUUUCUUCCAACUCAAGGUACAGGGGGAGAUGAUCAAUCUGUUAAAGGUGGUGCCUCAGAGGACAAACGCAAGAAUAGACCAAGAGACAACGAGUUUGAGAAGAUUUUAAACGAUGUUGAUGGGAUUAAUCCAAUCGUUCUUGAAGAAGAAGAAGAAGAAAAGAGAGUCUUCAGGGAAUAACAGUUCUUUUAGCAGAACCGAGACCUGCAAGUGUUGUGUAAUGUUUAAUUAUUGACUUGAUGAAACCAAAACUUGAAUUGCACAAGAAAUUAGUUUUUGAUUCUGACCUUGUAACAAAAUAUUUUUAAA